UUUCAAAUGUCAGGUGAAGGUGUUCGAGAAGCAUUCGAUCUUCUGUGCUGAAACGUGUACACGGUUCGUAAAUCGUGGCCAAGGGUGGACAAGGGUUGUUUGUUUACGGGUAGCGUGAAGGAGAGGACAAGGGGGAGUUUGUGAAUGUGAAAAAGCUAUGCGUGCAAUCCAACUAUGUGAAGACCACAUCAAUGCUUUUGUGCUUAACAGGACUCAAUCGGUUAGGAUGUGUCGGUUGAUUCAUAUGUCGACUGGCCCUGUGUAUAGUGUGAAGAAUGGAUCUGAGGUUCCUAGGCGUGGGGGUCGCGUCAGAUUCUAUGGCCAAACGGAAUCCGGGGUGAGACUUAUUCAUAACCAUUCGUCUACGAACCGAGAGACGCGGAUUUCAGCUAUUGUACUGUGCGGUUGUGGUCUAGCACCUAUACUACUCGAGUAGCGGUUCUGAAAAUGGGCUGACGAGGUUAGGUUAUGAGAGUCUGUUCUGUAA